GUCCUGGGAAAGGGGAACCUCAUCCUGAGCCUGAGCCGCUGGAAUUGACCUCCUGCCUCUCACUCAGCGAAGAUGUUGCAGUGUCACUGACUGACGUCGCUCCACUGCUGCUGAGGCAACAUGGCGAAGUUGCAAAUGCUUUCGGCAACCAGUGAAGCCGGUUACCACGGCUACGAGGCAUACCCUGCAUUCUCCCCCCUACCCACUGAGCCAGGCUACGCCCAGGCUGCGAUGGGGAGUGUUGGCAGCGGCGUUGCGAAUGAGCAGGAGUUUGCGAUGAAAAGUGUGAACAGCAACAAGCGAGGAGGCCCCGGCCAGAUGGCCAGCCGGCAGCACGAGGGACUGAGGAACGGCUACGUUUCCCGGGAAUUCCCCAAGCGCUUCUCGGCCGACGACAAGGACUACAAGCCCGAGAAGGUGUCUAAUUCCUUGUACAUUAAUGGCAAGCAUCGCACGGGCGACCGAACGAAAACAGACGUGGCCAAUAACAACGAGAGGAACCUGCCUCCCCAGUACAAAGAGCCAAGCAAUCCGCCAAAGAUACUGCCCAUAUCUGGCAAACUAGAACAGAACAGUGAGUCAUUGAUUCGACCCUCUGCAUUCAAGCCAGUUGUCCCCAAAAGCUUCCACUCUAUGCAGAAUCUGUGCCCACCACAAAGCAAUGGAAUGAUAGACAGCAGGAAAAGCCUUAAUGCCCAUCAUACCAGUAGUAGCAGCCCUUCAGCUGGGAGAGUCGGACUGGAAAAGGCAGGUCACAGCAGGACUAUAAACCACGGAGGAGGUAUGUCUGACUCUGGCCGUAACUCACUGACCAGCCUUCCCACGUACGGAACGGGCUACAGCCAGCACAUUGGGCCAAUGAGCGCUUCGACAAGCCACAUAAACCGUCUGGGAACCUCGUACGGAGAGCGGGGAAUGCUGAGCUAUAAUGGAAUAUCUACCUCCGAUAGUGGACGGUCUUCCAGCAAAAGCGUGGCCUCUUUCAACAAACUCAACCACAUGCAGGAAACGCUAACAUAUCACUCGCCAUCUAACGAUGAUAUCAUUCAGGACCUUGAAGACCGGCUGUGGGAGAAAGAACAGGAAGUUCUCCAAAUGAGAAGGAGCCUCGACAAGAGCGAAGCGGCCAUCGUGCAAGUCUUUGAGGAGAAGCAGAAGAUAUGGGAGCGCGAGAUGGAGGACUUGAAGCAGAAUUACGCCAACAAGCUCCAGCAAGUGUCCAAGAAGGCCCAGAGAGCUCAACAGGCCUUACAGCUUCAAAUCUUCAAACUCCAACAGGAGAAGAAGAAACUGCAGGAGGAUAUUGGGCAGUUGCUGCAGCAGAGAGAAGACCUGGAGAAAAAAUGUAUGACUUUUAAGAAAGAGCAGUCCGAACUUCUGCCCAAACUGGAAGAGACCAAAUGGGAGGUGUGUCAGAAAGCCGGAGAGAUCUCCCUAAUGAAGCAGCAGAUGAAAGAUUCCCAAGCUGACGUGGCCCAGAAACUGAAUGAAAUGGUGGCUCUGAGGACACAGCUGAAAGAGGCAACAUCAGCGUUGCGGGCCAAAGAGGAGCAAGUCCUCAUACUGAAGGACUCGGUCAAUGCCAAGGGCAUUGAGUUGGAAGUGUGUGAGAAUGAGCUGCAGAGGAAAACCAGCGAGGCUCAACUCCUGCGGGAAAAGCUAGGCCAGAACGAAGCGGAGAUUUGCGGAUUAAAGCAGGCACUGGCCGCCAGGGUCCACCAGAACUGGGACAGCGAAGAAUCAGCGGACAAGCCGAGGGAGGAGCUGGCCUGCGAGAGUGACGAGGCGAAAAUGCAGCGGCAGAACGAGGACACGGUCAAAGCGCUGAAGAAGCAGAUUGAACGGCUGCAGGGAGAGCUGAGGCUAGAGAGGCAGCAGCAUGAGCAGCAGGUGGCACAGUUCGAGGAGGAGAGGCAGACGUGGCAGGAUGAGAAAGAGAAAGUCAUCAAAUAUCAGAAGCAGCUGCAGCUGAACUAUGUGGAAAUGUACCAGAAGAACCAGGCGCUGGAAAGCAAACUGGGAGAGAUAAACACAAAGGCCAGUUCACCCACUGCCGACGAAAUGAAGCAAUGGACACCAUCGCGACUCGAACGGAUCGAAUCCACCGAAAUAUAAUCUGUGACGCUGACUGUUCUUUAUGUUGAUACACGGAGUGGGACGGUUUCCACGCUCUGCCUAAACCUAUUUGCCUGUUCAAUUCACAGGCAUCUGGUAUUUUGUUUCUGUUUCAGUGCAAUGUUAAGAUUGAAUGCCACAAAUUUGGCCUCUAUUUUAUUUUGAAAUUGGCUAUGUUAAGAUUGAAUGCCACAAAUUUGGCCUCUAUUUUAUUUUGAAAUUGGCUGUGGAUUAAGUUAAAUGCCAGCCUCCCUCCCCCCAACCAUCCUUUGCAGUGAAUCCUCUUUAAAGUUCAGUUUCUGUUCCCCAUCGUCUGCUGACGUGGAGUAGAGGGGUCAGGCGGCCUCUGGCCCACUCCAUCCCGGUUUGUACCAGUGUGGCUAGUGGUAUAUGCCAGCGUAGUCAUUUCCCUGCUUGGCACUGUGCCCUACUGCCCAUGUCUCUUCCAGCUUUGGGCUGGGAAUCCAACAUCCUAUCAUAAUAAAACAGACAGAAAGCUGAAAAGCUGCAAAGUGCUCCUUGGGUCGGUGGUGUCAGUUAGAUCCAUCAGUCGGUGAAUUGUUUCUGUCCCCUGUUGGACAUUCCCCUUUCAUUCUGUUCUCCAACAGCUCAUUGCACCUUCCUAUCACUUCUCACAUCCCCUGACUGUGCACUUGUUGAACACAAGUUCAUUCUCUAACGUCUUCUAACCCUGGUACAAAGGAACGUGAAACUUUAACUCUGUUUUACCCCAGCUCAGAUAUUGCUGCUUGACGUUCAGAACUUUUCCAAACUGUUUCAGUUUUUAUACAAUGGAUUUCAGUCAGGUCUUCCAAUGACUCGUACGCCAGAAACAUUGAUGAGGCCCUCAAGUGGCCAAUUAAUAGCCACCGAAGGCCAGACUUCGCCUGCUGCUGGUAUUUUACUAACAAUGGAAGGAUGCCCAAGCCAUGUGUCAGGCUACUGGGUAAAUCUUGCCAAUGUUUCUGUUAGCUCAAGGUUGAUUGUGGGGGUGGGGGAGUGGUUGCCCAGCAGUGCCCCCACCUUUUGUUCCCCACUCCUUGGUCUCUCAAUCGUGGCUCACCGUCCCCCUUAGGCAGACCUGGCAGACCUGUCAGAACUGGGCAAAAUUGCCUCUGUCUGGCUUCCAUGGGGGAAGGCUGCUGUCCCCAGCUCUGGCCACUGUUGCUGGUGGCGCCACUUUGACUGGAGAACUGCUAUAUCAGCAGCACUUAGAGUUGGAACUUAGAGUAGGCUCCGAGAUGGGUGGUGGAGGGUACAUCUUGAAGUUAGAGUGUUUUAUAACCAAGC